AAUCAAAUCACGCUGGUUAUUUGAGCACGGAAACUUAUCUGGACUUAAUGUUUUAUUUUCUACCACCGAUCAUUAUUAGCAAAAUGAAGCAGUUUCAUGUGUUCGUUUUACUUUUCUUGAUUUCAUUAACAGAAGCUCUUGAUUACGCCAAGCCAGGAUGCAAAGAUACAUGUGGGAAUGUCAGGAUUCCAUACCCAUUUGGAAUUGGACCAAAUUGUUCUCUCAACGAAUGGUACACUCUUGACUGUAACUUCUCUAAUCCAUAUCUUUCUGCACUCAACAACAUGGAGGUGUUGAAUGUAAACUUGGAACAACAAACGAUCACUGUUAAUGUCUCCAAGAUCUCUAAUUGCCAGAAUCCAGUCUGGAAUAGCAGUCAUAUUCUUACAGCCAACCCUGGUCGUAGUAGGAAUCCCUUCCUAUUUGCCAAAUUGCAUAACAUAUUCAUGGUUGAGGGAUGUGGCAACGCUUUCAUGAUCAGUGACCAUGGGUCGGCUGUUGUCACCGGAUGUUCAGCUACUUGCCACAAUAACACUGUUAGCGAUAUAAACAACUGCUUUGGCAUCGGUUGUUGCCAAACAAUCAUCCCUUAUGAUCUUAAGUCAUUCAGCUUGGAUCUUACAGACAUGGAAACACAGAAAGGAGUUUGUGGGUUUGCGUACUUAGUCGAUAAGAAUUCAUACGUUCAAGGAAGAAGCUUUUCUGAUAAAUCCACUUUUGUUCCCAUAUCACUUUUGUGGACUCUUGCUGCCCACGACUACGAUCAAUUACCAGGUUGUUCGCAAUCAGUACGUACAAGAACCGUAUUUGAUCUAGGUUACAAUACAUCCGCAGAGUCUAUUAGGUGUGAGUGUGGUGCAACAUAUGAAGGAAAUCCUUAUUUAGAGGGUGGAUGCAAAGAACAUGAAGAAUGUGUGAAGUGUCGUCGUACUGGGGGUAAUUGCAUCUUUGACCCAGUAUAUAAUGUUGACUUGAAACUGAUCUGGAAUGUUACUUGUCUUUCUAACGAAACAAAUCGUAGCCAUGGUUUUGGAAGCAGCAAAACGUCACUAGGUGUUAUACUCGGCGUAAGCAUAAGCAUGGGGCUGGUUUUUUCAACAAUGCUCAUCUAUGCAUUGUAUAAAGUAAUCAAGAAAACUAAAUCCAAGCAGCUGAAAGAAAGGUUUUUUAAACGCAAUGGUGGUCUACUUCUUAAGCAACAACAAGCAACCAAUAUUCAUUUAGUUGACAAAACCAUACUUUUCAGCUCCAACGAGUUGGAGAAAGCAACUAACCAUUUUAAUGAGAACAGAAUUCUUGGUCGAGGAGGUCAAGGUACAGUGUACAAAGGCAUGUUAACCGAUGGAAGGAUUGUAGCAAUCAAGAAAUCAAAGAUGGUUGAUGAAAGCCAACUACAACAAUUUAUUAAUGAGGUGGUCAUUCUUUCACAAGUCAAUCAUCGAAAUGUGGUCAAACUACUUGGAUGUUGCUUAGAGACUGAGGUUCCACUGCUUGUCUCCGAGUUCAUCUCGCAUGGUACGUUGUAUGACCUUCUUCAUGAUGAAACCGAUGAGUUCUCUUUCUCUUUAAAUAUGAGAAUACAAAUCGCCACAGAUGUUGCAGGAGCACUUGCUUACUUACAUUCAGCAACCUCCUUUCCGAUAUACCAUAGGGACAUCAAAACCACAAAUAUACUCUUAGAUGAAAAGUAUAGAGCAAAAAUUUCAGACUUUGGAACUUCAAGGUUUGUAUCGAUAGAUCAAACUCAUUUAACUACCUUAGUCAAAGGAACAUUUGGUUAUUUGGAUCCAGAGUACUUCCAAUCGAGCCAGUUCACCGAAAAAAGUGAUGUCUAUAGUUUUGGAGUAGUUUUGUUGGAACUAUUAACAAGAGAAAAGCCAAUCAUCUUCACUAGCUCUGGUGAAAAUAAAAGUUUAACGACACACUUUUUGUUAGCUAUGGAAGAAGGUCGUGUGAUGUCUAUUUUUGAUGCGAUAGUUGUUAAGGAGGGUUGUAGGACCGAACUAUUGACCAUAGCUAACUUGGCAAUGCGAUGCUUAAAUAUGAGUGGUAAAAAUAGGCCAACAAUGAAAGAAGUUUUUGUUGAGUUAGAAGGCAUUCGGUCGUCACAUGUUCCUUCUAAGGUCGAAACUAAUUUUGGACAUGCAAAAUACUAUGAAGAGUUCCCACUAGCAUAUGGUGAGUCAACAUCGACAACAACCACAUUUGAUGAAUCACUGUAA